UUUGUGAGUGUUUCUGUUUCUUUGGUUUGUGCGCGUUGUGAUUGUUGGCCUAUUGUCAUCCAAGUGUGAGUCUGUUGCACAUAGGGACCUUAGUCAACAAAAAUAACAUAACAUGUCAUCAUGAAUGACCUAAGGUCCCAAUACAAACAAUGUGUUAGCUAAUAGUGUAGUGUUGAACGGAUAUUAAUUGAAAAAAUAAACUUGAAAACAAUGGAUACCACCUCUAAAUCUGACAAAGUGGAGAAAACAUCAGACAUGAGUGCAACAAAUAACACAGUGAAGUGUGAAUUCCACGGAUGUAAAAAUGUUCUGGACCAUCGAUCUACUGCAAGAACAUUUUUUCCAUUCCCUGUAGAUACGCCAUACAUUUGCCAAUGCUGGAUAAGAAACAGUGGCAAUAAACAACUAGAAGAUCUCGCACUGGAAGACCUGGCAAAAAAAUUUGUUUGUGAUGUCCACUUUAUUGAUUACUAUUUUCCAACAAAAGGGGAUAGAUCAACGUUACGCAAGCGUGCUAUACCCAGUCGUGGUUUUGAUAUUGAAGAAAUUCGUAAAAGGAAUAUCACGAGCACUUCCAUUGUUCGCGAGGAUGCGUCUCCUUCAAACAAAACGCGUCAAGAAAAAAAACAAGUUGUAGAAAAGCCUAAAACAACAAAACCAGCAAGCAAUGCAGUGGUCAUGAAAAAAAUUAAAAUCAGUAAAGAAGAACUUAUGAGCUAUGUCAAUUUUUUCCCACAAACCUUUGCCAGCCUUGCUGAUCAAUCAAAUGGAAGUAUACAGAACUCAAGUAGUGGCAAAGGAAACUCCAACAAAAUUACACUAAGGGUGGACAAACAAAUUGCUUCACAACUGGAUUUCUCUGCCAUGUCAUCUGCUUUGUCAAAGUCUCGGAAAUCCGCCAGUAUCGCCACAGAGGUCUCUGCAGCAACUACAGUCAGCCUUAUUGAGAGUCAGCCUUGCACUUCUAAAAGCACAAUACAGUUUGAACCAGCAGAGUUGUUCAUUGAGCAGGAUAUUGACUUUGGAAAAUUGGAGACUUCUAAAAUGUUGACUUUUAAAGAAAGCAAAGAUAAAGAACUGGAGAAAAAUAAACAAACAGUUCUAGCUGUGGGUGACAAUCUUCUAGAUGACCCAACCCAACAAGCACUGGAUAGUGAGGAUUGUUAUGAUGAUAUAAUAUGUGAUUCUGUUGACAAUAAUUCUGAUGACGAUACUCAGCCUACAGUUCCUCAGCCUUCAGUUUCUAAGCCUUCAGUUCCUAAUCCGUCAGUUUCUAAUCCUUCAGUUUCUAAUCCUUCAGUUUCUAAGCCUUCAGUUUCUAAGCCUUCAGUUCCUAAUCCGUCAGUUUCUUAUCCUUCAGUUUCUAAUCCUUCAGUUUCUAAGCCUUCAGUUCUUAAGCCGACAGUUUCUAAUCCUUCAGUUCCUAAGCCUACUAAUGCCUCCGAAAUAGUUUUUAAAAAACAUGUCGACGACAGCAACAAAUUGGAUAACCAAAGGAAAUAUCAGAAAAUGCCUGAUCCUCGACAAAACACCACUUCAAAAAGACCUACUACAGUUAGUACUAAAAGAACACACACCUCUGCAGAUACAAGUCCAUUUCGUGAUACUAGGCUUGAUUGGGCCGUACAAAGGUUGGAAAGUAUUUCUGAUAAGAUCGUAAAGGCAACUUUGCUCGAUAGCUUUGAUGAAUUUGGUAAACACUUGUCUUCCCUUUUAAGAGGGCUGCCUGAACAUAAAGUUUAUUUUCUCAAGAAAAAACUCAUCAAUGAAGUUUUUGAGGCGUUGUGCGAAGAUAAGUUUAAGAAGGUGAAAUGUGUGGGCACACAAACUAACAAGGAAUCUCAAACAUCAGCAGAGAAGGUACCUAAACACAUACAAACACAAACACAGGCAACUCAAAUUAUCAGCAGUGGUACAUUGGAAGGUGGUGUAAUAAACAUAUCCUCUAAUUCUUCAACACCUAAAUCUGGUAUUGAGACCACACCCAGGACAGUUUUGGGAGGUGGAGUACUAAAUGUAUCCUCCAAUUCUUCUACACUUAAACCCGGUAUUGCAGUUAUUACACCCAGUACAAUUUCUUCGGGAGGUGGUGUAAUAAAUGUAUCCUCUAAUUCUUCUACACCCAAACCUGGUAUUGAGAUCAUUACACCCAGUACAGUUGCCUCGGGAAGUGGUGUAAUAAACAUAUCCUCUAAUUCUUCUACACUUAAACCUGGUAUUGAGAUUAUUUCACCCAGGACAGUUUCCUCGGGAGGUGGUGUAAUAAAUGUAUCCCCUAAUUCUUCUACACUUAAACCUGGUAUUGAGAUCAUUACACCCAGGACAGUCUCCCAGCAGCCAAAAAGAGUUAGGCAGCGAAAACAAACGCUAAUGAUGAGAUCAAUUCAUGAGCCUAUACAAAAACCUCAAGUUGAUAAAAAAAGUAUUGGUACUAGUACAUCAUGUUUACCCAAUUUUAUUCAAGCAAAUGUGAGAUGUAGUGCUACAACAAUUAUGCCUAGUAUUUCGACCACUAAUUCCUCCAUUGAGACUCAAACAAUAGGAACUAGUACAAGUUUAGAGCAGCAGCCUAUAAUGAUCAAAGAGUCACAAGUUGUGAAGAAGUGUGCGUGUCCAGAUCGAUCGUCUUCACCCACUUACGGCUCCCCUCUUUUAACAGGUCCGUUAUCAAUGAUAUUCCCAACUGCUUCAACCUCUAGUUCUCCUUUCAAACUUGUUCCGAUGAUGCCCAUGGCUCAUCCUACUGAGACUGAUAUCACAACCCGUGUAAUGAGUGACCAACCCGCCAUAAUGGGUGCCAUUCCACCAGUUCAACAUUCUAUGCUAGGCUCGCUCCUGACUGAUUGCAAUGUCCGUACCGUCAAUAGUUCAGCAGAUGGAACACUUUUUGCUGUCACCAUUCCAAAACCACAAAUGGCAACAUACAGAACUCUCAGGCCUGUAUCACCAAUAAGCAAGAAACGCAAGGAAGCUACUCCUCUUGGAUACAUUACCAACAUACCUGAAACAGAAAAAGACCCUUUGGCACCGUCACCUAAGAAGAAGGGUAAAAAAUCAAAAAACAGCAGGGAUGUUUCUAGCCAAGGCCAGAAUGAGGGAAAGGAGUUUGAAAUGGAUAUUGAGGAUGGUACGGAUUUGAAACAAAUCAAGGAGGAUCAUGAACUGUAUGAGGCCAUAGCCACUGAUUUUGAAAUAAAGGAGGAAAUCCCAGACUUGGAGGAGAUUACAGAGAAAGACUUUGCUGGUCCGUCUCACCCUCAUCCAACAACAUCAACAACUGUACAAUCUCAGUCACUGAGUGCAGCAGAAUCCGGUUCCACCUCUUCUACCAAAGAUUCUUCAACAACUUGACAACCAAUAGAACCAGAUUCUCCAGCAAAUUCACAGCCGCAAGAACCAGAUACUCCUGCGAAUUCACAGUCCCAAGAACCAGAUAUUCCGGCGAAUUCACAGUCCCAAGAACCAGAUAUUCCGACGAAUUCACAGUCCCAAGAACCAGAUAUUCAGGCGAAUUCACAGUCCCAAGAACCAGAUAUUCCGGCAAAUUCACAGUCCCAAGAACCAGAUAUUCAGGCGAAUUCACAGUCUCAAGAACCAGAUAUUCCGGCAAAUUCACAGUCCCAAGAACCAGAUAUUCAGGCGAAUUCACAGUCUCAAGAACCAGAUACUCCGGCAACUUCAGAGCUGCAUGAACCAGAUACUCCUGCAUCUUAACAGCCAUAGGAACCAGAUUGAUUAUCAUAUGUAUUUUUUCUAGAAUAUAGUAUACGUAAGUCAGUAGCUUCCAAUGUUAGUAUCAAAACUACUAAGUUCCAAAACUAAAAUGAUCCUUGAAUCUUUUUUGAAAAAUUACAUUAAAAUAUAUUAAUUGUUGUUAAUAAUUACCUAAAUAUAUUAUGAUUUAAAUAUGUGUUCUAUUUAGUAAUACAAAUUUGUUUUAUUAAGACAAGUUCAUUUUAGCUAUAUAUUCUAUAGGUACCUUUGAUGGUAAUUAUAUGUUAUAGUAUAAACUACUGUCUUAUAUAAGUCGGAUGCAUUUACAAUGUAAAAGCAGUAUGUACAUAAUGUAUAGUUUUUUCAUUAAAUAUUUGUUGCAUUAA